AUUGCGUGUUUAAUCGCCGCGUUUGGGUAUGCGUUGACGUUCAGGAAAUGGUAUGAGUGUUAUUUUUUGGGAGGGGGGAGAUGGAGCUCAUUGAGUUUGGCUUCUACUGCUGCUUUUGACAUGAUUUUGAGAAGUGCCAAAUGAUUUUGGCUGGAGGUGACGAACGCUGGCAUGAAAGCAAAGAGUGUGUUCAGAGAUAGCGCGAAAGAGAGGGAGAAGACGACGAGCGCGAAACUCUUGCGACAUGUAGUGUUGAUCAGAGGGCUGAUAUGACUGCUGGUUGAGCACGAAGACAGGCUCGAUAAUAUCGGAAUGAAGGUUUCCAGGGCGUGUCGAAGAGUGUAGAUAUAGGAAUAGCACCAAGUGCUGCAAUGUGGCGAUUGCUGCCGCCUUGGCUGAUCUUCAAUAAUGGCUCAAUUGUUUCUUUUUGGCCCUGCAUUCCUGGUUCUCAUCGGUACACGCUGGGGCUGCGCACUUCAAUGUGUACGCUCGUUAAGCAACCUCCGACUACUGAAGUGGCGGAUUGUCAUCAUGAUCGCUCGACGCAGUUGUGGCUAACAGCGCUUUCAUUCUCGAUCAUAUUUUCGAUUUUUCUGUUAUCAAUAGCAGUGCAAGAUUUCACCGUAGGUGACACGACCUCAAAAGCACAACCUCAACUUCCACUAAAUCAGAGAAUCUACAUAGGAUUUUCUUUAAAAACCAGAGGCUCUUCUUCAUUGAACGUAAUUGCUGAAAAAUUAGGACAUUUUUUCGGUUUUAGAAGAUUUAAUCCCAACUCGUUUAGGAGUAAACAGAGAGCCUCAACAACACCUGUAAAAAUUCCAUCAUUUGGAUCCGCGUUGGGCAAGCCAAUGAAGACUGAACCAGGGGGGGAACAUCAGCAACCGUCAGCACAGCAAGCUACUCAGUCCUCCAGCGGGUUCAAAACAGAUCUUCUGCCAAAUCUGAUUUCUAAUUCAAACAAGGGCAUUCCUUGGCUUCCAAGUAAUGCAAAUUGCGGCCAUGAAGCGCAAGGGAGCUUUUGCAAUGAAUCUUUAGUACAUAUAGCAAUGACCUUGGAUGCCAACUAUUUGCGCGGUUCUAUGGCGGCUAUCUACUCCAUAUUGCUGCACGCUGAGUGUGCCAGCAACGUUCGAUUUCACUUUGUGGCGACUAAAGAGAAGGAGCCUCUCAAUUACGCAAGGUUUUACUUGGCGCACAUGAUUGAUUCAUGUGUCAAGAGAAUUAUCUACCUCGAUUUAGAUGUGCUUGUCUUGGGCAGAAUUGAGGAGCUAUGGAUGACCAACAUGGGAAAUUCCACUGUGGGCACGCCAGAGUAUUGCCAUGCAAACUUUCCUUCUUAUUUCACAGAAAAUUUCUGGAUAAAUUCUUCACUUGCAUCAACAUUUGCGAAUAAGCAGCCCUGCUACUUCAAUUCCGGGAUGAUGUUAAUUAAUCUGGAAAGGUGGCGCAAAACGAGAUGCACAUCCACUCUUGAAUACUGGAUGGAGGUGCAAAAACAACAGCACAUUUACGAGCUUGGUUCUUUGCCCCCGCUUUUGCUCACUUUUGCCGGAAGCAUUCAGGCUAUCGACAACCGCUGGAACCAACAUGGCCUGGGGGGCGACAUCGUUAAGGGAGACUGCAGACCCACUCGAAAUGAACCUGCAAGUUAGCUACACUGGAGUGGAGGUGGAAAGCCAUGGCGGCGACUCGAUAUGCAUCAACCAUGUCCAGUUGAAUGUAUUUGGGCGCAAUAUGAUCUCCUGGAUCCUACCACUUGAUAGAACCCAAGUGAAAUAUGGAUGUGUGGAAAUAAUUGCUUGGUAGAGAAAAUAUUGUUCUCUGAUUAACAGAAAUCAGCUGAAUGUCGCCGAAAGGUUGAAGGUUGAAUGUGUGUAUGUGAGAAUAACUGAUGCGCAGGAGUUGUUAGAGGGAAAAUGGAAAGAAAGUAACCGACUUAUGGAUCCAGAUCAGCCAUAGUUUUCUGCAUCUUCGUCUAUGGGAUUGUGGUCCUUCUGAUAUCACAAUGGCCGGAAUAUUGGCCCUUUCAAAACAGAUUGAUGUAUUGCAAACAGCGUGCUCUCAGGAAAUAAUACCACUUGUCUGCAUUGUGUGGUA